AUGUCUGUACCAAGAUUCCGAAAAGUAAACCAGGGGACAUAUGAUAAUUACGUUCCAGUCAGCGAAUUAAGCAAAAAGUCAUGGAAUCAGCAACACUUCGCCUUGGCGUUUCCCAAACCACCCCGACCAGGAAAGAAAAGGAGAUCAAAACCUUCCCAAUUAAGAGAACAUUCAGUUCCUAGAUAUGGUGAAGAAAAAUUAAAGGAGACUCAGAAAAGACCAUUAUGGAUGCACCAUUCUUUAAUGACAAUUUCGGAGAGACCUUCUGUUUAUUUAGCUUCCAGGCGGAAGCCCCCAGGCAAACCAAUGCAUCCCUCCGAGGGGGAUGCCAAAGGAGCAGGUGAACAGAUGCAUCCACCUGAAGAAAUAGUUAGGAAACGUUCAGAAGAUGAGAAAGCAGACAAGAAGGCCAUAUCAGACUCAGAAUCAGAACCCACAGAUUUAAAGAAGGAUGCAAAAAAAGACAGGAAAGAAUCCAAAAAAGGCAAGGGGUCAGACAAAGGAGCCACUGAUGAAAAAGGUGCUGCCAAAACAGAUGCCACAAAAGGAAAGAAAGAGUCAAAGAAGGGGAAGGGUACAGACACAGAGAGCGGAAGUGGUAGAGGAGAUGCAAAGAAGGAUAAGGAUGCAAAGAAGGGUGGAAAGGAUGCAAAAAAGCCCUCUGAGAAAGAGAGUGAGUCAAAGGAGGGCGUCAAGAAAGAUUCGAAGAAGAAGGAUAGUAAAAAAGAUGACAAGAAGCCCAGUGAGGCAGACAGUGAAUCAAAAGAUAAAACCAAGAAAGAUGUCAAGAAAGAUGCCAAGAAAAAGGACAGUAAAAAAGAUGAAAGUAAACUCAGUGAGACAGACAGCGAAUCAAAGGAUGACACCAAGAAGGGUGCCAAGAAAGAUGCCAAGAAAAAGGACAAGAAAGAUGCCAAGAAAGAGGAUAAGAAAGAGGACAAGAAAGAUUCCAAGAAAGAUGCCAAGAAAGAGGACAAGAAAGAUGACGAUACAGAAUCUGCUGAUUCAAAGGGCGGAAAGAAGAAAGACAAGAAGGGUUCAAAGAAGGGCAAGUAA